GGGGUGAACGGGUUCAUCGGGUUCAUACUCACAGUUCGGGUCGGCUGCUUACCGGAGAACACCAGCUCCCUCCGUUACCGAGCGGCUGCGGCACACACAGCUGCCAGAUCAUGACGGGAGUCCGCAGCAGAGACCGUGUCCGCGGCGUUUAUUCUGGACACUAAGUUGAUGAGUCCAAAGCUGCAGCAGCCAUUUUCCAGGUGAGAGCCAAAGGGUGCAGUAGAUGUGUGGUCCUGAUCCGGUCCUGCAUGGAGGCAUCUGCAGGAGGAAUCUGAACGAUGAUGGCUGAUGGGUGCUGCAGGGGGGUGGAGAGGGGCAGGGGGGGUAAGAUGGUAUCCGACUCUCUGCCGAGGCACCCGUAUCCUCAGCAGUACAUCCAGACCGGAGCGCUGCAGCAGGGGAACGACAUCCAGGAGUUGGCCUCCAAGCGCGUCGACAUCCAGAAGAAACGCUUUUAUCUGGACGUGAAGCAGAGCGUCCGCGGCCGCUUCCUGAAGAUCGCGGAGGUGUGGAUCGGGAGAGGCCGUCAUGACAACAUCAGGAAGAGCAAGCUGACCCUGUCCAUGUCCAUGGCCCCGGCGCUGCGCUACAGCCUGGGGGACUUUAUUGACUACUAUGCCCGGAUUGGACUGCGGGGGGGCUCGGGCCCGGCGCCCCAUCCGUCCGAUGAGCAAGGCACCAACGGACAGGGUCGCGGGCACGACGCUCGCAGGAAAGUGCGGGAGCAGCACGUGACUCCGUCUCCCGCCGGCUCCGUGGGCUCUGACGACCAUGCCCACCGCGUCCUCAAGAGCGAGUUCAUCGAGAGGGACAACAGGAAGUACUUCCUGGACCUGAAGGAGAACCAGAGAGGCAGGUUCCUCCGCAUCCGGCAGACUGUCGGUAAAGGUCACGGCUCCAUGGGUUACUACGGCCAGGGCAUCGAGCAGACCAUCGUGCUGCCCGCUCAGGGGCUCAUCGAGUUCAGAGACGCCCUCUCGCAGCUCAUCGAGGACUACGGAGACGAGGACGCGGACGAGCACGGCCGAACCGGCUCCAGGAACCGGCUGGACAGCCCCGAGCUUCCCGAGGCCGCGUCCUUUCGAGUGGACAACAAACGGUUUUACUUCGACGUGGGCUCCAACCGAUAUGGCGUGUUCCUAAAGAUCAGCGAAGUACGCCAGCCCUACAGGAACACCAUCACGGUUCCGCUUAAGGCCUGGGCUCGGUUCGGAGAGAACUUCAUCCGCUAUGAGGAGGAGAUGCGGCGGAUCUUUUCAUGCCACAAAGAGAAGAGGACAGAGGUUCGGCAGGACAGCCUGGAGCAGGACGAUUGACCCCGGCACGUGACGGCACCACAGACGCACGUGCCCUGGACAUCUGGCUGAAUGACCAAGGGCUGGUAAACUUCAACCUUCACCUUGCCAAGAAGUGAUUCAUCCACAGCCUUAUACCAACAUCCUCCCUAGUUCUAGUGCUGCUUUAGCCAGGACCAGUCCGGGCCCAGUCUGGGGCUCUGAGUGGAUCCAUAACCAACCCAUGGCCUUUUAAAUUUAAGAGUGCACUGUACAAAGGGCCAGUGUUUAAUUAUACCUAGUAAGGUUUGUCUAGAAGUGGUAAACAUGGUGGAACACUGGGAAUUGUUAGAACAUUUUACUGUAUCAGUUCUGUAUUUGAGUCCGGUUUAAUGAUUAGGUGAGGUUCUGGUGUAGUUUGCUGUGCUGAGCUGCCCCUGCAGGUAACACAGAGGUGGGGUGUGCUAAGCCAAGUGAUGUCAUUGUGUCACUUUAAAAAAAUAUAGCCAAAGGACUCUGGGGAGAGCAAAAGUGGUGUGACAAUGCAUGCUGCCAGUGAAAUGAUAACGUUGGUGUUGUGACAAGCAUCUUACUUUCAUUUAGUGUGUUCCUCCAGUCACUUCAACCUGGUUGUGUCCACAGACACGGGGUCACCAGGUCUGGGUCUGGUUCCAGACAGAAAUAAUCUGGUUACCGCGAUGGAGUGUCUACCAAUUCCACUAUAGUCCUUUGUUCUGUAAUGCUCUAUGUAGCCACCCAGCUUUCAAACAAAAAUUGAUUUAAGUGCAACAUUAUCAGUCCUUGGAUAUAGCAUACUCCAGAGUGAUCACGGUUUCCUGCUGCUUUGGACAUCACUCAUAAGAUGUUAGUGGUCUCCUGUGGCCCACAUGGACAGCAGGUUCCCACAUCAACACUAACAAGGUUAUUAUUUUGGUUUUAUGACGUGUUUUCUGGCAAAUACAACUGUAGAUGAGUUUAGUACAUGCGGACAGAAAGAUCAGGUAUAUGUGAACCACACCAGCAUCAUUAUGGUCACAGGAUGGUUCCACGCGGUUUAGAGUCACCAGGGUACAAAGAGCCAAGGAGGCCUGGUCUUAGCUAAGCUUCCCACCCAGACCAGGUUUUUCCAUCUGCUCUGGAGUCUUAUUCUGCUGCAUCGUUGGUGCAAGAGUUAUUGAAAACACCAAUGAUGUGCUAAAUGAACCCGUGGAGCUCACUGAGCAUUGCUGCUGUCAUUUAAUUCAAAACUGAAAAGUGUUUCUUUAGAUAUCUGUCUACAUGAAAAGUGUUUUUUUGUGUCUUCAGCUGAGUACAAAUAUAAUCAUGCAGUCGUGGUAAAUAGCCCUGAAGAGAAAAAGGUCAGCCAUGUUGGCUGUAAAUGAAUUCAUUUGAAGAAUCAAAAAGUUGCAUAUACAGGAAACAUUUAGGUCGCUAAUAUUCUUCCUUAUGUUGUUCUUUGGGGUGCUUACAUCCCAUGUCCUGCAAAGAACUGCUCUAAACAAUCCCCAGAAGGCUUCGUAGAGACGUCUUUAAGAUAUUUAAGGGUGCUGGUUUGUUAUUUUAAUAAAAGUUCUUUAGAAGCUGUUAGCAAGGAACUUCCAUAGACUGGAAGUCUAGGAGCCAUUUGGAGCUGACACAGUCCCUCGUGUGUGUGUGUGUGUGUGUGUGUGUGUGUGUGUGUGUGUGUGUGUGUGUGUGUGUGUGUGUGUGUGUGUGUGUGUGUGUGUGUGUGUGUGUGU